AAAAGAACGAUUCUCUGUGAGUGCGACACCACAACUGACUGAACUUUGCAAGGGGAAAAUGCAGAAAAUGGGGUUCAUCCACCGUUUUUUGCUGUUCGGGGCUUUAUCGAGCAGUGGGAUCAUUGGUGCAACGUCUGCACAGCUAGAGGACUGGCAGACGGCCAAAUCCAUUUAUGAAUUCACAGCCACAGAUAUAGAUGGAAAUGAAGUUUCCCUGGAAAAGUACAGGGGAAAAGUUGUGAUCAUCACAAACGUUGCCUCCAAAUGAGGUAAAACCCCAGUAAACUACUCUCAGUUUGCAGAGAUGCACGCCAAGUACUCUGAGAGAGGUUUACGCAUCCUGGCUUUCCCUUCCAACCAGUUCGGACGUCAGGAACCAGGAACUAAUUCCCAAAUCAAGGAAUUCGCCAAGUCAUACAAUGCAGAGUUUGACAUGUUCAGCAAGAUUGAUGUGAAUGGCGACGGGGCUCAUCCGCUCUGGAAGUGGCUGAAGGAUCAGCCUAAUGGAAAAGGAUUCCUUGGAAAUGGCAUCAAAUGGAAUUUCACAAAGUUCCUUAUUAACCGUGAAGGCCAGGUUGUGAAGAGAUACUCCCCACUGCAGGAUCCAAGUGUGGUGGAGAAGGAUCUUUCUAAAUAUCUCUAAUGUGCUGGAUGAGCUGAACUAGCGUCUGAGCGCUGGGUGUGAGUGAUGCCGCUCAUGGACUGAUGAAGGUUUGUUUGGAAACCCCUUGUUGAGGAAAGAACAGACCUGAUGUGUUUGGCGUGCACCUCCUCCUGAGGGCAUCACGAGUGCUCAGCGUCAGUCCGCAGAGAGGACAGAUGAAGAGACAUGCUUUUUAUUAGCACUAAACAUGCUGAUGUAGUGUACAUUUAUUAAUAAAUGCAAAGAGAUUCUGCUGAACAGUA